AUGCAUAGGCCGAUCAACAAUGGCAUAGGCGGCACGCACGCGGCCUGCGCCUCGUGCAAGCACCAAAGGAAGAAGUGUGACGAAAAGUGCGUGCUGUCUCCUUACUUCCCCGCGGAGAAAUCCGUGGAAUUCCAAGCCGUGCACGGGGUGUACGGCGUCAGCAACGUGACCAAGAUGGUGCUUGCCGUGCGCGAGCAGGACCGGCAGUGGGUCGCCGACUCGCUCAUCUGGGAGGCCAGGCACCGGCAGCAGGACCCGGUCCACGGCGCGUUCGGGGAGUACCAAAGGAUACAAAACGAGCUCCAAUACUACAAGAGCUUGCUCCAGAAGCAAGCGAUCCAAUCGCAACGCUUGCAAGGGGAGAUCAGCAAGAGAAGCCACAGCAUGGCGCGAAGCUUUGGCAGGUGGAACAACAAGUGCACGAACGCGAUGGCGUUCGACCCUGGGACGAGCAUGAAUACCGUGGCGAGUUUCGCGGGAGGGAUUGCUCAUGGCACCGCUAUGAAUAGUACCUACGCGCGCGACAGCGGCAGCUGCACAAUCGAUUCGAUUCCAUAUCAGGGGCAGAGUUCAGAAGAUUUGAAACAAGAAAGAGAGAUUGCUUCUGGCCUCCCACUCCAACAAGAAGUUAUUAAUGAGUUUAAUCAACACUACUUUCUCUCAGGUAAUUUAUGCCGUCCGAGUUUUCUAUUCAAUUCGAUUCCCCGAUCGCGAUAG